UGUUUCUGAGUUGGAGCAAACCACAAGCAAACAGAGCUUCUUCUUGCUCCUCCUCUUCUUGCUUCUCCUCUCCGUCCUUCCAUUCUUUCAUCCAUCCAUCCAUCCAUGGAGCAGCAAUUCAUCCAUUUCGGCGCCACCUCCUCCUCCACCAGCAGCUUCUACAGCACACCCACGCCCACGCCUCCUCCUCCCGAACAAGCUCAAGCUGCUGCAACCUUGGCCUCCUCCACCCCCGACUACCACACCAGCUCCUCACCCAUGUCGUCGGCCUUCGACAUGGGCGACACCGACGACAUGCACCUCCUCAACACCCUCCUCCUCCACAUGUCUGGCUCUGGCACCGCUGCUUCUUCCCACCAUUACGCCUUCGACCUCCACAUGGACGUGGACGUGGAGCCUUCCUCCUCUUCAACAAGCUCCUCCUCCUCUUCCUACUCCUCCUCCGACCACCACCACCAGCAGCAGCAGCAGGGGAUGCCAGCCACCACAACUGCUAAGCGCCGUGCACCGCAGCAGCUGCACCCCGCGGCCACCAAGGGCCUCAUCGGCGUGCGCAAGCGGCCCUGGGGCAAGUUCGCCGCGGAGAUCAGGGACUCCACCCGCAAGGGCGCCCGCGUGUGGCUCGGCACCUUCAACACGCCCGAGGCCGCUGCCAUGGCCUACGACCAGGCCGCCUUCUCCGUGCGCGGGGCCGCCGCGGUGCUCAACUACCCCGUCGACCGCGUCCAGGAGUCGCUCCGCACGCUCGCGCUCCGUCCCGACGUGCCGGGAGGCUCCCCCGUCCUGGCCCUCAAGCGCCGCCACUCCAUCCGCAAGCGAUCCCCCAACAAGGCCAAGAAGACUGCUACUCUUCUGGCGCCCACAAAGAUGAUGAUCAACGACUCCGCGGCCGCGCCGGUGCAGCAGCAGUCGGCGGCGGCAUGCGCGGGCGUGGUGGAGCUGGAGGACCUUGGCGCUGACUACCUGGAGGAGCUGCUCCGGGUGUCCGACGAGCCGUCGGCUUCAUCGACCACCAUGGUGAUGGGGGCCUUUGAUCAUCAUCACCAUCACCAUGUCGACGACCAAUCGGCGCUCGCCAACACGGCGCCCAUGCUGUUCCCUCAUUGCUAGCUACAAAGCUCGCUUGCUACAAUGAUCCAUAUGGCUGGCUGGCUCAACCGCCGGCGCCUCCUCCUCCUCUGCCCUGCUCGCUCUGCUCUGCUUUGAGUCAGUUAAUUGCAAAUAGUGCCUGUCCUCUCAGUUUUCCUUCCAUUCUACACUAGUAGCUCUUUUUUCUUUCUUCUUGUCCGACCCUGCUCUGCUUGCAUGCCCCGGCAAUCAGGCCGCAGCGGCCAACGGCUUUUGUAUGUACGUACGUAUGUAUAUGUAGUAGUAUGCCUCUCUGUUUCGUACGUACUACGUCAAAAAAAAGAGAGAGCUAGUUAUACAAGAAUAAUAUACAUACAUACAUAUGCCAACGGCUUUC